CAUUAUUACAGAAGAACCAACCUAAAAUUGGUGUGCUCUUCCAAAUAGGCCCACUGGGCAACACGAUUCAAGAUGGCUGCCGCUCCAGACUCGCCGCCCCCUCCAGGGGAAGACGAUGGUCGCCGCCGUAAGAGACACGGCAUGCUGAAACUGUACUAUGGCUUACAGGCAGAGUCGGGUAAUAAGGGUACAACAGCCACCACAGACCCCUGUGACAUCAACGGGGCCCACUUCAAGCCGGAGGUGUACCUGCAGCGUCUCAUGCAGGAGAAGUCACUCAACGAACUCAUGGACAAGGAGAGGGACAUGGUCAGACAAAUCCGUUCCUUGGAUAGUGACAUGCAGACCCUGGUGUAUGAAAAUUACAACAAGUUUAUCAGUGCUACUGACACAAUCAGAAAGAUGAAGAACGACUUUAAGAAGAUGGAAGAUGAAAUGGACCGCCUGGCCACCAACAUGGAGUCCAUCACAGAGUUCAGCGCCCGGAUCAGCGGGACUCUACAGGACAGACGACAGCAGAUUACCAAACUAUCAGGGGUGCACAUGCUGUUGAAAAAGCUCCAGUUCCUGUUUGAGCUGCCGGCACGACUGAAGAAGUGUAUUGAGAUGCAGGCGUAUGGACAGGCUGUCAGAUACUACACCAAGGCCCGUACAGUUCUGGACCAGUAUCAGCACAUGCCAUCCUUCCAUGGCAUCAGGGAGGACUGUUCUGUUAUUGUUGCUGAACUCUGUGUCAAGCUCAGGGAGCAGUUUAAAAACAAAGAGUCUGAUGCUCACCAGCUGGCGGAGUGUGUGGAUCUCCUGCUGCAGCUGAAGGAGCCGGCAGACGAGCUUUGUGAUGAGUUUCUUCUACAUGCCCGACACAAGGUGGAUGAGGACCUGGAGAUGUUGCGGCUGCAGCUGCGGAUGUUGGAGGAGGGGCAGGUGCCAUCACCUGGUGAUCCUGGGGACGGAGACAAGCCUCAUCCCAUGGAUGUUCUGGAGUUUACCGACACUGGCUGUAACGUGUUCCUGAGUGACAUGUGUCUUGUCAUCGCCUCAUACAAGGACCUGUUCAUUAACAGACCUGGCACUGGCGUGCAGGAACAGGCCCAUCUGGAGAAGGUAGCCAACCAGAAGCUGGAGGUGUUUGUCAACUCUCUGAUGGGACAGUACUUCAGCUAUGUGGAACAGAGGGUGCAACUGGAGAAAGAGUCAUCAGACAACACCCUGUUGGUACGAGCACUGGACCGCUUCCACCGCAGACUACAGGCUGUGGAGAAACUCCUGCCAGAGACAGAGUCUACAAGCUCUGCUACAGGCAUUGUGGCCAAGAUGGCACAUGACAGAGUUAUCCACUAUUCUGAGGCACUCAGGAGACAUUUUGCAGACUGCCUGACAGAUGUACGACAGAGUCUGGCUGCCUCACGCUCACUCAGUAAACAGGAGGGCAGCAACCUGGGAGACCUGCUGCAGACAACAGCCACCUCCAUCUUAGACCAGCUCAAGACUGUGCUGUCAGAUCUCAGGGCUUUCAUCGAGUCAGACAUCACGUUUGCGAUGCAGCCGUACUUCCGCGAGCCGUUCUGUGUCCAGGACGUCAGGGAAGGUCUCGUGGUCGGGUUCCUCAAACAUAUGUUUACUGCCUGCUCUGAGUUUUGUGAAGGUUCAGGGGACAAGAGUUCUGCCCCCCCACCUCUCAUCCUGCUGCUGUCUCGACUAUGUCUGGACUAUGACAUGACCACCAUCAGCUAUCUGAUUUCCCUGACUGAUGAACAGUUUCUUGUGGAGGACAAGUCUGCUGUGACACCCCUGUCAGAACUGUGUAACCUGGCUAAGGACACUGCACAGAAACUCUUGGACCAUUAUGUUAAAGUGCAGGGGUUGACCAUUUCACAGAUGCUGAGGAAAAGUGUGGAGACCCGUGACUGGCUGAACACCAUUGAGCCCCGUAAUGUCCGCGCUGUCAUGAAGAGAGUUGUGGAGGAUGUCACAGCUAUAGACUCACAGGUUGGACUAUUGUAUGAAGAAGGACUGAGGAAGGCCCACAGUAGUGACUCCAGUAAAAGGACGUUUCCCUACAGUUCCUCUCGGCAGAACCAGAGGUCUCAGUGGAGCAGCUAUGCACCAAGUUCCAACAUGGAUACCAGUUUGAUGAGCAACAUCCAGAAGCUGUUCUCGGAGCGGAUUGAGAUUUUCAGUGCCGUGGACUUCUCCAAAGUGUCUGUCCUCACGGGUAUUAUCAAGAUCAGCCUUAAGACGUUCUUGGAGUGCGUAAGAUUGCGUACGUUUGCCCGCUUCGGCCUUCAGCAGAUCCAGGUGGACUGCCACUACCUGCAGAUGUACCUCUGGAGAUUUGUGUCUGAUGAGAACCUUGUGCACACCUUACUGGAUGAGAUAGUGGGCAGUGCCAUCCAUCGGUGUUUAGAUCCUAUAACCAUGGAACCAAGUGUCAUUGAAGUCAUCUGUGAUCGAGGCUGAGGAAGAUGCUGACACAGUAAUUCAUGAGAUGAUCUAACUGUAUCAUGUACUGAGAUGUUGAGGGACUUUACCUCUAGUUACUGGCAUGUGGCAACAACCAGAUUUAUAGAGUAGCAAAAUUUGUGCCAUCACAACCAGUAGACACAGUUGAAGUGCACAUAAGAUGAUGUAAAAUUUCUAUAUGAUGUGAAUAUCUAGCUAUCAUUGUUUUGAUCAUACAACGAUUGGUAUAUGUGCAAUGGACAUUGUAUCUUCAUUGCUGUACAGUAAAGCCUCCACUUAUUGGAUAGUCUUGGACCAUAGUGAAGACUGUUAGUCUGAAUUGAAAUGCAGGAUCAUACAGAUUUCAAAUAUAUAUAUCACUGUUCUUCCCUUGACUGCUGACCUAUACUUCUCCAUAUGUGAAGUACAUAGGUCAGUAGGAGCUGUCAGUCAAAGGUAAGCUUGGUUAGCCCUGACUACAAUAUUGUCAGUGAAACCAAUAGAAUAAAAGAGUAGGAAAGAUUGUAAGUAGCAUAGCCACAAAAUUUUAAUAACUUGAAAGUUGUUAUAAGUUGUUGGUAUAAGCCAUCAAGUACAAUCAUGGUUGAACUGUAACUUGCAACACAAAAAGCUUUGUUUAAGUUCAAUUUGGUUGUGUUGAAGGUUACAGUUCAAUUUUGAUUCCCUAUAAAUGAUAACGUUUGAGAAAGUACCUUGUUUUACAUAAAUCAGAUGUAAAGACUAUUUCAUGAGAAAGGACAACUUUCAGACAUUUUAGUAGAGUUUUGUCGUACAAUAUGUUUAAUGCACAAAGUUGGGUCAAAUCCAUGUUGUGUGAACAGCAGCUAAGUAAGAUAACUGUAUUGUGCAAUAUGGUAAUUUUGAUUGUGAUCCUAAAAUUGACUAAAACUGCCUUUAAUUUGCCUAUGACAUGUGUACUAUGUAGAUACAUUUGAAGUACCAGUCUUGAUUGUCCAUUCAUUAUCAGCUUCUGCAACACUAGGUACUACAUGUUUUGGUGCAAAAAAGGCAAAUACAAUAGCCAACAUUAUGCAAACUUGAUAUGUAGUCCAAGAUAAACUUUGAAAGCAGACCUGGUAAUAAAAGUACUGUCAUAACAUCAA